AUGUACCUUUGUGCCGCACUAGAGCUUCUGGAGCACUUUCUGUAUCUGCGAAGCUCGCCAUCCAAAGCCGCCGCUCUGAUCGCCCCUGGCUCGCAGCCAGAGAUCAAAAGGCUCAUUUUGAGCCAGAUGAAAGCCGAGUGGGAAAUGAUCUUGAGGCUUGAACAGAGCCCGGCCAAUGCGGCCGAGCUGCACGAGCACUGUCGUUACGUGGGCUACCAAGCCUACCGUGAAGUGCUGUCAGGAUGGGAGAAGCACCAGUGGAAGGAGCACCCUGAGGCCUUGAGCCUCACUUCGUCCUGGUUUCCCGAGGUCGCAUGGUCAUCGAACAUUGAAAGCCUUUUCAAGGAAAUGACAACCGCUGUCAAGCGGUCGGGCCAGUCCGAUGUGGGCAGCCUGGCGAACCUCAUGGCUGUGGCCAUCCGAGGGCUUCAUCGUCGAUUGUGCAUCGGCGAGGACACUCCUACGCCUUUGAGCCUUGAGAAAGGGGAUUGGUCCGGAGCUCAAGCUUCUUUCCUCCGGCCGAAGAUCUUCAAUCCCACGAUGGGGCGAGAUCCCGCUGCGGAAAUGCCGCAUUUCUGGGUGCCCGAGACCAUCUUCGCAGGAAUGCUUUUCAAGCGGGGUGAUGGCUACUUCUUGUCCUUGGGGCGAACACCGGCGAUCCUCAAUGCUUUGCAGCUCAAGGAGUUGCCUUGGGCCUUUACCGGUCCUUUGCCUGCAGAGGAGAAGGAUGAGACCCGAAUCCCGGCAAACGAAGUGAUUGCUGAUGAUGUGCUGUCAGCGAAUGAGAGCAGCCCUGCCCUCACUCUCGACAUUGGAAGGCAUCUGGUCUGCAAGCUGCUUGUGAAGGCUGACGAGGUGCGAUUUUACGACUACACCAUCCACGUGAGUGACCAGAUCAUGGCAGAGAAGACUGGCUCAUGCCUCGUCUUGCGGCGGGGCACGAAGUCCUUUUCGUUGAUGCCGUUUCUGGUGGAGAAGGGAUUCAUCCUGAAGCUUACGGUUGCGAACCUGAUGGACUUCUUUGCUUCUUGUGGCAUCCGAAUGCCAAAGAACACCACGAAGGCGGCCCGCAUCAGACGACUCCUUCAAAUGGACUGCAUCACUCAGGAAUGCAGUCCGGACAAGAUCAGAGCGGUCUUGGAAGUGCUUGACAAGCAGGAGGAGAAGAGAAGAAAGAAAGGAGAGAAGCCGAACGAGCCAAGCGAUGAGGCCCUAAACCGUGAAAACCGUGGGUUCUUAACUUGUUUGCUUUUUCCGAACGCAUAA